GCCCCUUUGUAGUUGCUUCCUGUGACGCACGCGACUUCGCUAUCCUCACAAACCUCCAUAAUGGACAUGAUGUCCGCGUUCACUGUAAGCGUCACAGCGGUUCAUACGGGGAGCGUGUAGGUCAACAGGAUCGUUUUAGCAGAAUAAACAGAGAACAAGCCGAAUGAAUGGUCAGAGAAAACAUAUUUGCUAGUAUCUGUGUUUGAGUAUUCAGAACUAUUUAGCCAGUGAUGCUAGCUAACGGACAGCGUCAGCUAGCAUAGAGCCAUUAACUAGAUUAAAUAGCUUGGGGCAGGUUGUCAGGUUACUGACGAAGUUACUACUAAAAACUGUUUCAAAGAGUCGUUGGGAGUCAAUUCUGUUAGCUUUAGCAUCAUCACAUUGAAGAGCGGUGAUGGACUUCAUUGCUGGAUGCAUCGGAGGUGCUGCAGGAGUGUUGGUUGGACAUCCGUUUGACACCGUGAAGGUCAGACUCCAGGUCCAGAGUAUUGAUAAGCCACUUUAUCGUGGGACCUUCCACUGCUUCCAAUCCAUCAUACGGCAAGAAUCAUUAUCAGGUUUAUAUAAAGGCAUUGGAUCCCCCAUGAUGGGACUUACAUUCAUCAAUGCAAUAGUGUUUGGUGUCCAGGGAAACACUAUGCGGCUGCUGGGACAAGACACUCCAACAAACCAGUUCCUUGCUGGUGCAGCAGCAGGUGCCAUCCAGUGUGUCAUCUGCUGCCCCAUGGAGCUGGCCAAAACCCGCAUGCAAAUGCAGGGAACCGGAGAGAAGAGAUCUUCUAAGAAGAUGUACAAGAACUCCCUGGACUGCUUGUUGCGCAUCUACAACCGGGAGGGUCUGUGGGGUGUAAACAGAGGGAUGGUCACCACACUUAUCCGUGAAACGCCAGGCUUCGGAGUGUACUUUUUGUCAUAUGAUGUGCUGACACGCGGCCUGGGCUGUGAGCCCGACGACCGCUUCAUGAUCCCCAAGCUGCUGUUUGCUGGGGGCAUGGCUGGCAUCGCCUCCUGGAUCUCCACCUACCCCGUGGAUGUGAUCAAAUCACGGCUCCAAGCAGACGGGAUUGGCGGAGUCCAUCAGUACAGCAGCAUCGCAGACUGCGUGCGACAGAGCAUCAGGAGGGAAGGCUACAUGGUGUUUACACGAGGCCUCACCUCCACACUGCUGCGAGCCUUCCCUGUAAAUGCAACUACAUUUGCUACCGUCACUCUCGUCCUCAUGUACGCACGGGGGGUGGAGGAGGGACCUAAAGACUGCGAGCUGGCUCAGCCAAGCCACCACACACAGAUACAGCAGCAGGCACAGCCUUCCAGCCUGUAACAGCAUGGAGGGCUCAUUCUCAACUUGGUCACUUUAAAAAAAAAUGUACGAAUAGACUAAUUCAGCCCUGUUGAUACCUUCUGACUCAGGUUCACUUUAGACUAACCAUUCCCAGUUUUGAGUCAGAAAAUUCCUGAUUGUUAAUAUAAGCACUUGUUUUUACUUUCAUGACAGAGAGAGGGGGGAGGAAGUAAAACCUAUUUAUUUUUGCUGUUAUUUAACUUAUGUGUUGUAAAGAGGAUGAUGUUACCUCUGAUGAGAUGCUUGAGGACAAUUAGAGCAGCAUUAUUUGGGAAAUUUGUGUAAUGGUAGCUUUUAUCCUCAGAAAUAUUUAAUGUGAGACAUUCAGACUGAGCCAAAAAACUGAUGGCUGUGCUGGGGUGUAUGCCGUGUAGACACUGGAGAGUCAUAUCUCUAUUACCUACAUUCUUGAAAUGUGCAAUGUAUCACUAUAUUCCACUGACUUGAGUUUGUUUUUUUCUGCCUUAUAUCCAGAACUUUUAUUCUUUUUAAGGAAGCUGAGGCACAUGUUUGUACUUGAACCGUAUCCUCUGAAGAGACAAGAGAGAACCAACGUAGCAUGUGAUAAGUGUGCACAACUUACCAGUUUGUUUGCUAUCAAACCAAAAAACAUUGCAGCUGUAAUCUCAACAUCAACGGUCUCUAUAGUACGUCAGAAUCCACUGCAGACAAAAACGAUCCGUUCUGAAGAGCUCUUCAGAAAUCAAAUGGGAAAUGUCUGAAUUAAUCGACACUGGAUGUUUUGUUUGUUUGUUUUUGUGUCUUGUUUGUGUUUUUGAUGUGUUCUACCAAACAAUGUGAAAAUUUUAUUAUUGUAACUGCUGUAUUGAAGGCCUAGUCUAGGUGUGGACAAUGUUUGAUGUGACAUUGUAUUUGUAUUAUAAUUAUUUAUUUAAUACAUUUCUAUCCAUUUUAAAGUUGUACCUGAGGUCAGGAGGAAUUAAUGUAAGGAUCUCCUCUAAAAAAAAUCUACAAACAGUCAAACGCAAGCGGACUGAAUAUAACAAUGACUCAGCAUUUAUUUAUUGGCCUUUUCCUUUACUGUAGAGGAUGUUUUUAAUACAUUUGGACAGCUAUGUUUGUUCAAGCUCUGGAAAAUAAAUGUGGCAUGCUUUUGCAAAAUGAUGAAAUGUUAAAUGAAGACAUAUUUCUUCAUGAUUGAAUGUUUGAAGAAAAAAAUCUGCAAAACUGUCAAUUAGUUAGUUAAUUGCAUGCCAGUCAUUCUGUUUGGUGAAAAUAAGGGGAAAACAAGAAAAUCUAGUGUUUAAUUGUUAAGUUACCCACAUACUGUACCUCAUCUGGACUGGAGCUGUAAUCUAACUGCAGUCACUGUACUAGCUCAAAAAUGUGGAAGUGUUGCUAAUGAAUGGGAGCUGUUUACUUUCUCUAUGUGUGUCUAGUAUCAUAUGAAUAUUUUUUGUAUUUAACCUCAGUGUUUUGGUAUAAACAAAACUUUUUUUCUUCAAGAAGCAAGCUAACAUGUCUGUUCCUUUUAAAGCACUUAACUGUCAGAGCGACAAUCUGCUUCCCUGAAAGUCUUUUCUGACAUCUGUUUUUGAAGUUGUAAACUUAAUGAAUUAAACCACUCCCAGAAAGGCUGAGAAGUCAUCCCAGCUGCACUAAAACCCCAAGUAUAUUGAAUGUAACUGACCUGUAUUUGAUAUACAGGCAAGGAGUUGGUGAAUAGAUUUUUUUGGGCUCAUUGUUAAAAUCUUUAGUGCUGCUUAAAAGAACUUUUGAUUAUAAAUUCAACCUCUUUAACAGUGACUGUUAUCUCUGACUAUGAAAUAGAUUACAUGAGAAAUGCAGUGAUUGACAUUAGAAGUAAGUGUAUGACAGAUUUUGCUGAUGUGGUAGAUGCAAUAUGUACAGGAUGUAAGUUUGAAAAAAAUGUGAGGUUGUCUUGAAGUGUACUAUAUAUGCAUAAAUAACAUAUUUUUUAUUCUACAGUACUUAUAUAGUGUGAUUCCGUGAGCGUCUGAGUUUGAUGAUAUACCCAAGAGAAUAUAUCUGAAAAAGGAGACAUAUUUUUCUCAUGCAGGACCUAUUUGUCUCUAAGGAUCUGUAUAAAUGGAACUAUAAUAAUAAAAAAAAAACGAUUACCA